AUGAGUGCCGCAAAUCUCCAGACACUUCUGCGCUUCCUCUCCCAAGAUGCCAAACUUCCUCUGGCAACAGCAAUGGGCAAAGUAAAGGAGCUCCAAUCCGCCAACCUGGACUCUGCGGAAGCACUAUCAAAAGCGAAGCCCGGAGACAUCAAGCCAAUGUUCGAAGACGAGAAGAUUUGCAAGCAAAUCAUCUCAGCGGCGAAACGCGUAAGCAAAAAGCGCGCAGCGGGCGACGAAUCAGUGGGCCCAUCACCUAAGAAGAAGAAAUCUAAAGGCAGCGGGAGCCUCUUUUCAGACGAGCCCUCGGCGGCUGCAGAUCUUGAGGAGUCCUUGAAGCUACCAGAGAGUAUGGCAGACGAAGACGAGUUGGCGGAGACGGCUCUGUUCACGAAUCGAGCGCCUUUAGUCCUGGCCUUUCUGGUUAUUCUCCUCAAGCACACUAUGCCUGAGCAGCCGCUUUCCAGCAGGCUGAGCUUGGCUCAAGGGUACGUGAGCAUCACAAGUAGAUCUCGAGCCAUCUAUCUAGGCAUUGAAAGUGGCAAAAAUGCAGAAGACGAAGGCUUCGGUGAAGGUCAAUCUACUGUAACGGUGGCAGGAAAAGACAUCAAAGUACUCAAACGAUGGGGCUAUGAAUGGAAAGAUCCAAACGACGAAACAAUAAAAGCCUCGCCAGAAGAAGAGAGUCCAGCCUUGUGGGCUUUGGAUUUGGAAGCUAUGAGGAAGUCUGGUGUGGAGAAGCAGCCCGCGGCGACGAGGACAGCCACCCACAGCGGUUUGCCCAUUUACACGCCCCAGUCUGCACGCGCCUAUCUCUUGAAAUCCUUUGAUACCGCUCCAACGGAUGACCCAGCUUCAAAGAAGAAGCCAACAGCCACAAUGAAGGCUGCGGAGAAAGAGUGGAAUUUGGCAAAGCUUCUUCGUGCGCUCGAGCUGUUGUAUGAGUCUUGGGCGAAGACCUUGUCUCUGGCAGAGUUGGAUAAACGCACGUGGACGUGGUACGUAAAAGUUCGACCCGCAGUCGAGGACGGUGUUGCCGGCUGGGGUGGCAAGAAUCAGCUCAAGCUGGCUGAUAUCCUCGCGCUGCGGUCCUAUGAUUGA